AUGUCAGCAGCAGACUACUAUGGAAAUAGUGGAGGUGGUUAUCCCCCGCCUCAACACCAGCAGGGCUCGUCGCCUUAUCCCCCACAACCUCAAUACGCUCAGACGCCAUCGCAUUCCCCGUAUCCAUCUCAACCAAACUAUGCAAACGGUACCCCCUCUCCGGCGCCAUACCCCGCUCAGCCCACCUACGCUCAGUCGCCAGCCCCAUCUCAACAGGGUUAUCUUACUCCCUACCAACCACAGUCCCAGCAUUCGCGACCCGGUUCCGCUCACUCGGAUGCUGGCUAUGCGCCGCCUCCGUGCCCACAGAACGAUGGCCGUCACCCAGGAUCGCGUCCUCACUCCGCAGAUCCAUACGCCCAGAAUGAUCGCGAUCCGAACUACAACCAGGCGCAAGCUGGAGAGGAUGGCGAGCGUGGUCUAGGCGCGACUCUACUUGGAGGCGGAGCCGGCGGCUUCCUCGGCCACAAGCUCGGUAAGGGCAAACUGGGCACCAUGCUAGGUAGUGCCGUUGGUGCGGUGGCAGCCAAUUUAAUAGAGAACAAGCUGGAGAAGCGCCAUUCGAAUCAGAGCCAGAAUCAAGCUUAUGGACAAGGACAGGGAUAUGGGCAUGGUCACGGACAUCAUGGGUCAUCGCAUCACGGAGAGUCUUACUAUGGUGGCCACCAAGGACAACAUAGUCACGGCCACCAUGGCCACCACAGCCACCAUGGACAUCAUGGGCAACAUGGGCAACAUGGACAUCACAGCCAGGGCUGGUAA